AUGAGCAGUUUCUCAACCCCUAAGAAGCCUGGAGUCACCUCAUCGACACCAUCCUUGUACAGCACUGCCAGCUCUUCUUCAAAUGUAACAGGAGUUUCACCAUCUGCUCAAGUGGUACAACCUACAUCAUCAUCACCAGGAAGUGGAAACGUGAACACCUUGCUCACCGGGAUUGAUUUCAAAGCCAUUGAAGAUAUGGAUCCUUCUCUCGCUGAAGGGCAUCGAGUGAUAUUUGAUAAAGAAAUACCCAUUGAAUUACGUACACAAGAUCAGAAUGAAUCUGAGUCGGAUCUUGGAACGCUUGAGGCCAUCAGAGUAAAAAUUUUAAUUCUUGAAGGAGAGGUAGAGGAUGAUGCUUCUGUAAAGUUGGAACUAACCUCCGAGGCUGAUCUGUUCUUCCAUUUUACGCAUUCAAUGGGAAGAAGAGACUUUUUGGCACUACAACAAUCUCAAAAAUUGAUGGUCGAUUUUCCAAACUAUCCAAAGAUGCUCAGCAAAAUGUUAAAUGCCUGCAUAAAAGAGCCAGAAUCUUUUCUUUGUAUUUUGAUUAUGGAAAGAGAUGGAAAGGGACAUUUAAAUUUUGUCCAAAAUAUGGAAUACAAAUUUGUGGAGCUAUUGAGCCUUGAAAUCCAAGAGAGUCCUGAGCACAUUAUUCGACAACAUAUUUCAUUUAGAUACAAUAGCAUGAGGUCAAGAGUUGCUAUUUUGAACGCCAGAUUACAAGAAGUCUCAACCAUUAUCAAAAUGAAAAAUCCAUCCUUAUUGCUUCACCUAACUCGCGCAGUUGCAGGCACAGCACCAACCAACAACACUACCUCACCAAGUACCUUGACUCAGAAAAAGAAAUAA